AUGGCAGCUGGAAUAGCCGAGCUCGAUGCUCAUGAGCAGCCCUCAGAGACAAUGCGGGCACAAUGGAAGGGAUACUCAAGGGCAGACCAAAAGGAACUUGUAAAUGGGGACUCCAUCGAUGAUCCUCGAUCACCAGAACAAGCUGGAAAGUUCUCAGUGGCUGGGAAGAUUUCGGUUGACCAGCUCACAACUGCUUUCUCUCACAUAAGUUCGGCCGCAGUCGACACAACGGCACUUCAAGAGGUUCCUAUUCUUUACCACCCGCUUCUUCCAGGACUUCUCAUCGUACCGAACCUGGUGCCUCCCGAAGUUCAGAAGACUCUCCUCUCACUAAUGAUCAACCGAGACCUAAGCAUCCCAACACAUCAAACAAACCUUCAUCUACACUAUGAUCUACCUUAUCCAAAAGCUUCCGAUGGAUCUUCCGAGUCGUUCUUCUCAUAUCCGCCUGAUCAAACACCCAUCUUCACCCCUAAGGACCCUUCAGUUCACAAGCCCCUAUCCAUCAAGCAGGUUAUGGAACGACGCCUACACUGGGUCACCCUGGGCGGCCAGUACGACUGGACGAACCGCAUAUAUCCAGAAGAGCGCCCUCCUCAGUUCCCCUCAGAUAUUGCCCAAUUUCUGGAGGCAGUUUUCCCGGAAACCCUUGCUCAAGCUGCCAUCGUUAACUUCUAUACACCCGGCGAUACGAUGAUGAUGCACCGCGACGUUAGUGAGGAGACCGACAAGGGCCUCGUCAGUCUGAGUUUCGGCUGCGAUGGUCUCUUUAUGAUCGCACCAAACGAGCCUGAGAAGAUAUCCGACGAAGCAAAGGCCACGGGUAAGGAGUACCUUCUCCUCAGGCUGCGCUCCGGUGACGCCAUCUACAUGACCAAGGACUCCCGGUUUGCGUGGCACGGAGUGCCCAAAGUCAUGAAGGGGACAUGUCCGGACUAUCUGGCUGACUGGCCGGCGGAGGAUGGAAAGUACGAGGAGUGGAAAGGUUGGAUGCAGAACAAGCGGAUCAACCUCAACGUGAGACAGAUGAGGGACUGA